CUGACAGUGGUAAACAGACGUCAGAAGGGAGUCUUCGCCUCGAGUAAAAACAAAACAAAGCAAAACAAGUCUAAAAGAGAGCGAAGGAGGGAAUAUCUGGACCACAACAACGACAAAAAGUUUUACAAAAGUCGUUGCUGACUAGAAACGGCUACUUGGAGGAAGUUACCCGCCGCUUUUCACGGACUUUUCCACGGAUUGUAAACUCUGGAGUAGCAGGGGCUUAAGCAGCUAACGAUCCGGUGGCUAUCGGGCUGUUUCCAAAGUGCGCCGAGUGGACGCCCCGGACCCGCGGGCAGCCCGAAAACACAUGGCACCCGGGGGAAAACUGUGAGCUUCGUUUAACUACUUGCCGGGGCAAGUUUUGUCGGAGAUCCGAGCCUGUGUGCGAGAGCAGAGGGGUUUUCUCCCGGCUGUGGAGCAUCGUGCGGCCAAACAUGGCAGAUGGCGACAUGCGCCCCGCCGCAAUGUGGCGCAUCGCUCGGACCUGAGACGCGGACUUUUAAACUGUUGGCUUCAACUCACUUUUUGAUCACCACAAACACUAUAAAGUUGUAGAUACAGACGCUUCUUUCUGUUUCAAUCUGCUUUAACUUAAUUUGGAUGUUUGAGAGACAGACUUUUAGACAGCGUCUCUGGUUGAAUUUGAAGCCGGCAAGUCUCUUAACUUGAUAACUCAGCUUGUGGCUGUUUGUUUGUGGGUUAUUUCUUUUAUAUUCUUUUUGUUUUUGUCUUGGGGAGAGCUUCUUGUUGUUUACAAGUACAGGGUCUUUCCCGAGAAGCUGCUUUGUAACUAGUCAGCUAAUCCCUGCACGAGUCUUCAGUUUUACAGUAAAACAUCACGUGAAUUGACAAAUUUGGUACGAGAUAAUUCUGUAUCUUGACUCGUUCAUUAGCUGUUUUUUGUUUUUUUAACUCUCGGACAUUUAAAAUACUUUUUUUUUUUUUUUUUUACCUUAAACAAAAAAAACGAGUGUUUAUUAUUCGGGAAGGCAUAAUUUGUCUUAAUGUAUGUUCAGGAUUUUGAUUCAUUCAUUUGGAGCUAUAAAGCCUCGGUAGGUCCAGAUGCGCUCACUGCCACUUUUGUUUUUAUUUCAUUCAAACAAAGGGACUCUUUCCACAACCCUCCUUCACUCUAUAUAAAUCGGAAGGUUUAUGAUAGUUACUAUUAAGGAGAUUAUUUGGGUUCCCUAAUCUCCAAUCUGAGGAUUAACCGAGGCCAUUGGUGUGUCCAGAUUAUUGCAUAUCUUUUCUAGGCCCCUCUUGUUGACACCCCCGCCUUGGCUGAAGAAUAUUGUUUUUGUGUUGAUUCAGUUUUUUUUUUUAAACUCGUCAUAGUAACUUCUUACUUUUAUACUUAAAACAAUUUUCACCUUUUUUAAAGUGGAAACAGAACUGUGCUCCUCCAGAGAGUUGAUCCCCCCAGCAGCAGCAUGGAGGAGUCAUCCAUGCCCCCCAUCGACCCAGACUUCGAGCCGCAGAGCCGGCCUCGCUCCUGCACGUGGCCGCUCCGCCGGCCCGACAUCUCCGUCAAGCCGGAGGCCGCGGACGGCGCCGAGUCCAGCGCGGGGACCCCGCCCGCCGACGAGGACAAGGCGGAGGCGCAACAAAUCACUUGCGAGCCCGAGAAGGCGGCGGCGGUGCCCGAGGGCGGGGCCGUCGCCAGCGCGGGGGGGGUCGGAGGAGCGACGCCCCGCAAGGGCUCGUCCCGCCGCAACGCGUGGGGGAACCAGAGCUACGCGGACCUGAUCAGCCAGGCCAUCGAGGGCUCUCCCGAGAAGAGGCUGACGCUGGCCCAGAUCUACGAGUGGAUGGUGAAGACAGUGCCUUACUUCAGAGACAAGGGGGACAGCAACAGCUCUGCUGGCUGGAAGAAUUCAAUCCGCCACAAUUUAUCACUCCACAACAAGUUCUUGAGAGUACACAAUGAGUCAACAGGAAAGAGCUCCUGGUGGAUGCUCAAUCCGGAAGGAGGGAAGACUGGAAAGGCUCCUCGCCGCCGGGCUGCUUCUAUGGACAACAGCAGCAAGCUGCUGAAGAGCCGCAUGAGGGCCAAACAGACCAAGAAGCAGCUGGGAGCAGCCGGUGCUGCAGGGGUGUUGGAGGGCGAUGGCAGCACAGGCUCCGUGGGAGCAGACAGCCCUAAUUCGUCUCAGCAGUUUCCUAAAUGGGGAGUCAACAGCAGCAGCCCUUCAUCCCGCGGCAGCCUGGAUGACACCGACAUGUGGACCACCUUCCGCCCUCGCACCAGCUCUAACGCCAGCACCCUGAGCGGACGUCUGUCCCCCAUUGCUCCUAGCCAAGUAGACGACGAUAAUCUGCCUGAGGAUGGACUGUUAGGGAGAUACCCUGCCAGUAGCUUGACUCCUACCCUCACCGAGACCCUAAUGGAGGAGUUGGACCUGAUUGACAACCUCACCCUGAUGACCGGGCAGCAGGGAGGGGCCAGUCCCAGCACCGCCCCACCAGCACCUCCCACUCCAUUGCCUUCUGCCUCCACCUUGUUGCCGCGUGGCUCCAGUUUCCCCUCCUUUCAUCAGCUGCAGUCAUCCAGCCUCCCACAGGCGUCCUCUCACACUGCCACCCAGGCCUCCGUAUCUCUGUGUGGACCAAGCGGCAAAGAGCCAGCAACCUUCAGUAACUCCCUUUUUAACCCCAUGUCUAGCUCUGGCUCUCGAGGCAGUGGCCAUUACGGCAGCGCCCACGUGCCCUCCAGUCUGGAGGCCCUGCUCACCUCUGACUCCCCUCCUCCAAGUGAUAUUCUGAUGACCCAGGUGGAUUCCCUCAUGCCCAGUCCCGGACGUGUAGGUCAGAUGGGUUUGGGGACAUCAGUUGGGGGUGUGAGGCCCAAGCCCAACCAGUUGCUGUUGGGAAAAGGGCUGGAGCCGAACACGGUGGUACCGAUGUCGCUGCAAACUCAGAUGCAGUCACAGCAGCAUCACCUUCAACACCAGCAGCAGCAGCAGCACCAGCAUCACUCUCAGAUGGGCUUGGGGAUGAUCCUCUCAGGUAUGUCUCAGGACCCGUCUCAGAUGUCUGCUCUCAAAGACCAGCACACCACAAUGGGGUCUCACCAUGGAGGGCCCGUCGCCUCGGCCAAUCUUGGCGAAAACCUCCAGGGGAUGAAUCCGUUUGGAGGUCCAUCCUGCCUCGCCGCCUGUCAGGACCGGCUGCCCACAGACUUGGACAUAGACAUGUUCACUGAAAACCUAGAUUGUGAUGUGGAUUACAUCAUUAACAGUGACCUCAUGGAUGGAGAUGGCAUUGACUUCAACUUUGAUCCCGUACUGCCUGGAGGCCAAGGCUACGGAGGCCCGGCCGCCACACAGGGCUCAGCUCACACCUGGGUGCCCAGCUAGAUCUUCAGCCCUCAACACUCACAUUCAACCAGGAACUGAUCUCCAAUCAUCAUAACCUCAGAAAAAUGACAGAACAACCGGGGCAUCCCUCCUACCUGCUGGCUAAUGAUACUUAAAAAAGAAAGAAAGAAAGAAAGUAAAGAACAUAUAAUACAAAGUUUUUCAAGAACGUACAAUGGCAAACCGAGGCCUCACCCAUGUCAUGUGCCAAGACAUGCAGAGAACAAGGAGGAGAUUCAAGCUACUAUGCACAAUUUUUAUCACUUUUUUUCUCCUUUUUCUGUUGAUAACACUUGGCAAUGAUUUGGCUGCUAGCCCUUUUUUCAUAAUUCAAACAUGAUUAUGAAAGAUAAAGAACAUAAUAUUUUUGGAGUGAAAAGACAAAUCAUCUGCUCCCUUCUGAUGGGGGUUUACAUUUCAGUCAUUUUACACCACAACAGCUUUAUGGUAGAUUCAAUAUCUCAGAUCUUGUUGGCGCUGGGAUUGAAGACACUUUUUUUUUCCCCCGGGGAAAUGGCCAGUUCUGCACUGACGCGCGUUCAGCAUCAAUUGCCAGAUCAAAUGCUGUUCGACUGAAUGAAGUGCACAUACUCUGCUGCACGGUCCGUCGGAGCAGGGAGAGUUAGGGGGAGUAAUGAGGACUGGGUUGGGAUUUGGUGGAAGAUAAAGACUGGAUUCACAUUUCACCCAGAUUUCCUUCAAAUUUAUCAGGGAGAAAGAAAAAAAAAACAACCUUUUUUUGUCUCCAUUUGAAUUUAAUGAUUCAGUAGUUAAAGAGUGUAUGUACUUGCAGUUUGGUGUAUUUGACUUAAUUUCAGUGUGUUAGGGUAGAUAUCAGAGGGUGGCUUAUUUUAAUCCCCAAGGUGAAGUUAAACUAACAAAAUGAAGAAAUAUGAUUUGCGAAUUUAUAAAUGGGGCAUUCAACAGUAAAUUUUCUUGCUAACAAGUGAUUGAUCGGCCAAGUAUCGCAUCAUCAAAGAGCAGAAUGCCUCCAAAGUCAAAUGGUCUACCUGAUUUUCUUUUCCUUUCUCAAGUCUGUACAUUUUUAAAGCACUUAGGUUUCCUGUGACACAGGGACCCCAAAACUGAGAAUGCAUAACAUUUCAACAAAAGAAAGUAUAUCUUGUUAAAAAAAUUAUAAAACAAAAUUUUAAAAUAAAACAAAGGAAGUGUAUUGCACACGUUGCACAUGUACUUGAUGGCACACUAUGCAGACUUAUCAGGAGAGGUAAAUAAAAUCUUGAAAGAAAUUUGAGAAAUCACUUCUCAAAGGCUUUUUGCUAUUUUAACACUUUCCUGAUAAAUUGUCGGGAGGUUGGAUGUCAGAGCAUCCUCCUACCCUUUAAUUUUUCUGUACUAAAAAAGAAUGACUUCACUGUGUGUGAAGUACAAAAAAAGAGAAAAGAAUAUAUUUGAUUAUAGUUUUAAUAUACAAUUUAGGUGGAGAUGUUGAAUCAGAUAUUAAUACAUAUGAAUAUAUUACUAAUGACAAGUGAUCUUUUUUUUUUUUACAUUGAUGGAAGCAUUCUCAGACAAGUUUUAAAAACGGUAAUUUUCUAUACUUUUUAUUUUUGUAAAGGAUGAAUUGCAUGUAGGGUUUUUGUUGUUGCUUUUUUCAUAACCAAAAGAACACUAAUAUUUGCAUUUGCAUGGCAAUUAGGGAGUGCUUGGCUUGACCUAGUAUCCUUUGUGUACAUAAGCUUUGCAAAAGCUUUUAACUUGAUUUUGGAAGAUGAAUGAGGUGAAAUUUUGAUCAUCUGAACUAAGAUUCCCACUCGCAUGCUUUGACUAAGGCAUUUGAUUUCUUUUUUUUUUAAUUUUUUUCAAAAAAAAUCUGUUGGAAACAUUGAAAGGUGCCACCAAUUCUCAUCUCAAAAACAAGACUCAUACAACCUUUUACCUCUCAGAAGAAAAACGACAGGAAAAGAGCUGUGCACAGACAUAAGUGGAUAAUAGAUGGAGAAAUGUAUUCUUUAGCAAUCCAGCCAUGUAGAUCAUUACUAGCCUUUUUUUUUUUUUAGUUUUGUUUUUGCCAGUAUUUAAAACACUAGAACAUGUCACUCUGUAGCAGGAAUACAUUUUGUCAUCUUCCCUCUCUUAAAGAUGUUGUGUAUGUUUGUCUUUAAUUUUGUGAUCAGAUAACACCUUUGCAGUUUAAACUCGUUUGACUGUAGUUGUGUGAAUAUGGUAGCCUGUGAUUUGUAUAAAGCCCCCCCCCCCCCCCCCCCCUCCAAUGUUUUCAUUUUAUUUUUUAUUCUUGAAUGGUGCUAGACGAUGUCAUUUGUCAUGUAUCCGGAGUAUGCCAUGAUGUAAUGGGCGCAUAUCAGGACCUUUGAAUUUUUUUCCUCUGUGGCACAAAGAUCUUGAUUAUUGUUGACUUUUUUUUUUUACUACACAAAUCGACAGUCUUUCUCCUUAGUUUUUAACAUAUAUGAUAACCUGACCACUUUAAGAUGAAAAGAUUGCAUAUGCAGGGUUUUCUUAUCAAUCAUAAUUAUUUUCAACAUAUAUGCAACCAACCAGCUGUUGUUCCUCAAAUGAUGGCCUGUCGCUAAAAACUAAUAGGUAGCUGCUUUUCUCUGGUUUACGGUUGCUGCUUUGAAGCAGUCAGGUGUGGUGUUACUUCUCUUGUGUCUCCCCCUUAUGUAACAAUAUUAUCUACAUAUUCUUUUCAGAUAUCUUUAAGUAGCAGUUAGACCCUGAAUGUUUUAAAAUUUAAACUGCCCCAGUUGUUACAGUUUUUGUUUUUUCUGGGGAGGGGAGAUGAAUUGUAUUGUUCUAUAUUUUGAUCACGUUCUAUCGUUCUGCUCCCUCUGUGUUUUUCCCCCCCUCUUUUUUCACACAUUGUAAAGUCAGCCAGAGAAGACAAACCGUUAUGAACAGAAGUAAUUCAAUAAAAUUGUUUAACCCA